AAACAAGUAACCUACCAGGCCAUCACGAUGGAGUGUCUCUAUAUUUUCGCUUUGAUAUUCGUCAUCGGACAAGUCGAGAGCAGGAAAAUAAAUCUCCCGUCGAAAGUAUUUUAUAAAAGUACUGACGCAGAGGAUCUUUUCAUAGAAUAUGUCCACAAAUAUAAUAAACGUUACAACGAGGAUGAAUAUGAUAGACGUUUUCAGAUUUUCAAAGAAAAUUUAGAGAAUAUCAAUGAACUCAAUAGAAAAAGUAAUUUGACUGUUUACGGGAUUAAUCAUUUGACCGAUCUUAAAUAUGAAGAAGUUGCAAGUACAUAUACGGGAAUGGGUUCACAUAUUGAUGUCACAAGUUUGAAGAAAUACGAGCCAAAAGGAUUUGCACCAGCGAGCUUGGACUAUCGUAGCUAUGGUUGGGUGACUGAAAUAAAAGAUCAAAGACACUGUAAUACAUGUUACAUUUUUAGCGCGAUUGGCGCUAUCGAAGGACAGCACGCAAAACUUCAUGGAAACCUAGUUUCUUUAUCAGAACAGCAAGAAUUGGAUUGUGAGAGCGGGGAUGGUUGCAAGACGGGAGGGUUUCCUCAUGAAGCUAUGAAUGUUCUCGCUCAGCAAGGAGGCUCUAUGUCUGAAGAAAAGUAUCCGUAUGAGGAAGGAAAGGGACAGUGCCGUACUGAUAAAUCCAAGAUUGUUGUUAAAGUUACCGGAGGAUCUCAGUUGACAGUUUCCAGCGAAGAUGACUUAAAAGACGCUUUGGCAAACAACGGCCCACUGUCCAUCGCUUUAUUUAUUUGUCGGGAAUUCCAACAUUAUACUGGAGGCAUAUUUGUUCACAACUGCCAGGGAGAUGACGGGCAUGCUGUGGUACUUGUAGGCUACGAUUCAGCUGAUGGCCAGGAAUACUGGAUCAUCAAGAACUCGUGGGCCACGGUCUGGGGAGAGCAAGGAUAUAUGCGAAUGAAGUUAGGAUCAUCCCUUUGCCAAAUAGGAUAUUAUAUCGCUCUGGCUUCAGUAGCAUAGGCAAGAAGAAAUGUAUAUACAUACACGUGACUUGUAAUGUGUAUAAUAUUAUGUAUAUAAAUAAAAGGAAAACUGCGAUUAAAAAA